AUUUUUAAAUAUUGCCGGCAUAGAUUUUAAUAAUGUUAUUUUCAGCCGAAAUUACAGAUUUCCGCAUAAUUCACAACGUACUUAAAUCCAUUGCGGUAAAAGAUUAUGUCAUAGUGCGUCCCAUGGAGGAAGGUCUAAAGCUGACCCUUGAUGAGAUGAAAUGUAUUGAAACAUCAAUUUACAUUCCUUCUUCGAUAUUCAGUUCCUACCUCGUAGAUAGUAAUGAAGAUAUAAUUUUUAAAAUGAGUUUGAAAGUUUUCGUAGAAAUAUUGCACAUAUUUGGAGAUGAAGGAAACCCUACGUUUAAACUCUCGUACGCAACUAUUGGUGCACCGUUAUGUAUUGUAAUGAAUGAAGUGGAGGAAAACAUUAUUGUGGAUUGUGAGAUACGAACAAUGAAUGUUGAUGAUUUCACUGAUGUUAGUUUAGCAGACGAAUGUAAUUUAAACAAAAUGGUUAUAGGAGCAAAUAUUUUGGCAGAACUCUUAAAUCGCUUAAAUAAUUCUGCAGAUGAUCUAAAAGUCACAUUAACUCCUGAUCCCCCAUAUUUUACAUUAAGUACAACUGGAAUUGCUGGUGAGUCAGAAGUCAAUAUAUCAAAAAACUCUGAAGCUGUUACACUAUUUCAAUGCCAGAAAACCACCACAGCCAUUUACAGUUUUUCUAAUAUAAGAUACAUUUUAAAAGUAAUGGGUUAUGCUGACAAAGUGGCUAUAUCUACAGGGGAAUCAGGACUGCUGGGUUUACAACUUGUCAUAUCUUCAGAUGAUAGGCAAUUGUAUGUGGAGUACUAUGUAACCUCACAGUAUUUAACAGAUUAAUGGAUGAUUUGGAUAGAUGGUUAAUAUCGACUGAAUUUCUAAUAAUUCAGAAAAUUCUAAUUAUGAGAUUAAAUGUUUUGAUCAUGACUUUAUAAAAGAUUUUCUAAGUGAUUUAUUUUGCACCAAUAAAUUUUUCUUUAGCAACUA